AUCAAGUCUGCUUCUCGUUCUCCUGUUAAAGGACCGGAUGGAUGCCUGUCCUAGUCGCUGUUUGUGUUUCAGGACCACUGUACGGUGCAUGCAUCUGAUGCUGGACACCAUCCCUAAUGUCCCGCCACCGACCAGGAUACUGGAUUUGCGCUUUAACCGUAUCCGAGAGAUUAACUCAGAUCAUCUCCAGAAACUGCGGCACCUCAAUACUUUAUUACUGAACAAUAAUCACAUCAGAAUUAUAACGCAUGGAUCACUCCAAGGAUUAGACAACCUCCGAUUUCUCUACCUUUACAAGAAUGAAAUUCAGAAUAUCCAGAAGAAUUCAUUUCAAGGUCUGCGCUCCCUGGAGCAGCUAUAUCUUCAUUUCAAUAAGCUGGAGCAUUUGGCUGCAGACACUUUAGGAGAGCUGCCCAAACUGGAAAGACUAUUCUUACAAAACAACCGAAUCACCAGGAUCCAGCCACUUACCUUCUCUCUGCUCCCAUCGUUGACUCGCCUACGUCUAGACUCCAAUCCAUUAACCUGUGACUGUGAGCUCAUGUGGCUAGCAGAUCUCUUGAGGAAAUACGCAGUUAAGAGCAGUGCGCAUGCCGCGGCUACCUGUGAACAGCCGACACACCUACAGGGGAAAUCUGUGAGCUCACUGUCAGCUGAUCAGUUCAAAUGUGAGAUCCCUCGCAUUCUGUCUGAACCCCGAGAUGCUGACAUCACAUUGGGGAACACUGUUUAUUUCACCUGCCGGGCAGAGGGGAACCCCAAACCUCAUAUUGUGUGGCUGCAUAACACAAAUGAGAUUGAUCUGAGUUAUGAUGGCCGUUUAAAUCUGCUGCAUGAUGGGACAUUGAUGAUACAAGAUACAAGAGAGUCGGAUAAAGGAGUUUAUCAGUGUGCAGCCAAAAACAUAGCUGGCGAGGUGCGGACGCAGGAAGCGGUACUACGCUACUUUGGCAGCCGCACAAAGCCUGCCUUUAUAAUCCACCCACAGAACACAGAGGUGCUUCUAGGGGGCAGUUUGACACUGGAGUGUGGCGUAUUUGGGGACCCUAAACCUGUAAUUACCUGGACGACAGAUAAUGGGGACCCUAUUCCCAGUAGUGAGAGGUUUACUGUAACCAGCUCUGGAGAGCUCUUUAUCCAGAACGUUAAGAUUUCCGAUCACGGACUGUAUCGAUGUCAUGCGAGUAACGAUGAGGGGUCUAUCGAGGCAUCUGCACUGAUUAUUGUACAAGACAAACAGAAAUUCACUGUGACUCCCAGUGACCAAACGGUAACAGAGGGCAGUGACACAGAAUUCCCGUGCGCUGCACAAGGACACCCAACCCCUGUGAUAUCAUGGACCAAAGCAGGUGAAGAGUUACCAAACGAUGGAAGACACAAUGUUCUGUCAUCGGGUACUCUUCGGGUGCUUAGAGUAGGACUGCGUGAUUCCAGUGAGUACCAAUGCCACGCUACCAGCAGUCUUGGCGUCAGCUCUGUAACUGUGAAACUGCGCGUCAGGCCACACGACGAUGUGCGUGUUGGCGAUGAAUUUGUGAAGAUAUCUUUACAGGAAGCGAUCCGGGGAGUGAACGCAAGCAUCACCUCCACUCAGCAACAUCUAUUCAGCACACUCCCCAAGAUGCCCGGUGAUCUUCUGGCUCUCACACGCUAUCCCCGAGACCCCCAAGCAGUCAGUGACGCGAAAGCAGCAGAGAUCAUGGAAAGGACCCUGGAGCUAAUUGAAGAACAUGUUCGGGAAGGGCUUGCUGAAGACAUUGAUAGCCAGAGUUUCCAUUACAUUGACCUGGUCUCUCCACAAUACAUCAGUAUGAUCGCCAAUGUCUCCGGCUGCUCGGCCCACCGCAGUACUCCCAACUGUUCAGACAUGUGCUUCCACCAGCACUACCGCACACAUGAUGGUUCGUGUAACAACCUCCAACAUCCUAUGUGGGGUGCUUCGCACACAGCCUUCCUGCGGCUGCUUAAACCAGCCUAUCAGAAUGGUUUGAACCUCCCCCGAGGUCUUGGAUUAACAGAAGAUUCAGGAGAACUUCCUUUACCACUUCCUCGCUUGGUGUCCACUACCAUGAUUGGCACAGAGACCAUAACACCAGAUGAGCAAUUUACACAUAUGCUUAUGCAGUGGGGCCAAUUCUUGGAUCAUGAUUUGGAUCAGACUGUACCAGCCCUUGGCAUGUCCAGGUUCUCAGAUAAUGCUCCUUGCAGUCAGGUGUGCUCCAAUGACCCCCCUUGUUUUCCCAUCAUGAUUCCUGAGAAUGACCCUCGUGUGAGCAGUGGACCAUGCAUGUUCUUUGCCCGAUCCAGUCCAGUUUGUGGCAGCGGGGUGACCUCUCUGCUUUUGGACUCACUUUAUUCUCGAGAGCAGAUGAACUUGCUCACAUCCUACUUGGAUGCCUCCAAUGUUUAUGGGAGCACAGAGCAGGAGGCUCAGGAUUUGAGGGAUCUUAGCAACCAGAGAUGGCUCCUGAGAAGGGGCAGUGUGGUAUCCAGCUCAGGCAAGUAUUUACUACCAUAUGCCAGUGGACCUCCUACUGAAUGCAUGCGUGAUGAGAAUGAGAGCUCCGUACCAUGUUUCCUAGCUGGAGAUUAUCGGGCCAAUGAGCAGCUCGGACUCACAGCAAUGCACACUUUAUGGUUUCGGGAACAUAACCGCAUUGCAGAUCAGCUGCUGAAGCUCAAUCCUCACUGGAGUGGCGAUCGAAUAUACCACGAAGCCAGGAAACUGGUGGGCGCUCAAAUGCAGCACAUUACCUACACUCACUGGCUUCCUAAAAUUCUUGGAGAAGCUGGAAUGAGUAUGUUGGGGAAAUACAAUGGCUAUAAUCCCAACCUUCAUGGUGGUAUCUUCAAUGCCUUCGCCACUGCUGCAUUUCGAUUUGGCCACACUCUAAUCAACCCUAUCCUCUAUCGUUUGAAUGAAACCUUCCAGCCCAUUCAACAAGGACACCUCCCACUACAUAAGGCUUUCUUCAGUCCAUUUAGGUUGCUCCAGGAGGGAGGCAUUGAUCCCAUACUACGCGGCCUCUAUGGAGUUCCUGGUAAAAUGCGCGUUCCCACCGAGUUACUCAACACAGAGCUAACGGAGAAGCUUUUCUCUGCAGUGCAUUCUGUGGCUUUAGAUUUGGCUGCCAUUAAUAUCCAACGAGGGCGUGAUCACGGAAUUCCACCAUACAAUGACUACAGAGUCUUCUGCAAUCUCACCUCUGCUCAGGAAUUUGACGACUUAAAGGAAGAGAUCCAAAACCAAGAGAUAAGGGAGCUACUCCGCAGCCUCUAUGGAACACCAAAGAAUGUGGAUCUGUUCCCAGCACUGAUGGUGGAAGACCUGGUACCGGGGACUCGAGUUGGACCCACCCUGAUGUGCCUCUUAGUCAAUCAGUUCAAACUCAUUCGAAAUGGAGACAGGUUCUGGUACAGUAACCCCGGUGUAUUCACGGCUGCUCAGCUGGCUCAGAUUCAGCAGUCUUCACUGGCUCGUGUCCUCUGUGAUAACGGAGAUCAGAUCAGACAUGUCCAGGAAGAUGUGUUCCGCGUGGCCACGUACCCUGACGGCAUGCGUGCCUGUGAGGACCUCCCGGGUGUAGACCUGCGCCUCUGGCAGGAGUGUUGUGAUGGCUGUGGGACUCGUGGCCAAUCUGAGGCUCUGUCUCAACAUUUCCGACUCCGAAGAUCUCUGAAAUUCAGCCACAAAGAGGACAACCCAUCCCACCCCAGACUGGCUGAAGACCCUCAAGAAUACAGCAUGGGGUACAUUGUGCAUCAGUUUGAAGGAGCCAUCACUGAGCUGAAGAGCAAGGUCCAAGAGCUCGAAGCCAAGCUGAGUUGGAUUUACCGAAAGUCUCCAGCAAGGCGGCGACGAUCGUAGAAUCCGUCACCAGGGCUAUGGAGAUACUGGGCUGAUUUGGAAUGAUCGAUUUGAACAGAGGGAUUCAGGGCGCUUCAUCUAUUGAAUCCUCAGAUUGCCACGAAGACUACAUCGAUACAUCGAAGACUGAUAGAAAAGAUAGAUUUUUUUUUCUUUAAAAAGACACUGUAUCCAACAUAACCACUUUAGUGUCCAGUGUACCUUGGUGUCCCCAUUAGAGGAAAUUAAUAUAUUGGUAAAGUGAAACUUGUACUUUAGAGACUUCUAGAGAGAGGGCCAGACCAGAGGGGUGCGGGAGCCAAAGUAAGAGUUAAGUAUUUGGCAUCACAACCAUAGCAGCAUGGUGUGGUGGUUGUGGUGCCUAGAGGGACAUUUUAAAGUUCACAUAAAAAGAUGGAACAAGAAGUGAACUUGUUUUAGCCAUUGGGGUUUCCUGUACGGAUCUUACUUCUACGUAUUGAUGGGCAGUGCGUGAAGAGGGCUGCCCUGCGGUAUAUUGAGUCCAGAAAUCAAUUGAUCAUUGUUGGUGUGCUACCCAUUGCUAUGAAUAAAGGGUUUGUCUCGGAAAUCAGUGGCCCUGACAGUUCAAUUUAGAAGCCACUUAU